AACCAUUUGAUUGUAACACACACCGGUAACGCAAAUGCGGAAGUAGUGUAUACAAGAAAACAAAUCAGUUAAAAAGUCAGAUUUUAUUGAUUAUAAUUCUAUAAUGGCAGUAAACGGGGUGCAUUUGGAGUCAGAUGCCUUUCUAGUGUGUAUGAAUCACGCCUUGAGUACAGAGAAAGAAGAAGUCAUGGGGCUGUGCAUCGGAGAGGUGGAUACGAAUCGCAUUGUCCACAUCCAUUCGGUUAUUAUUCUGCGGAGGUCCGACAAGAGGAAGGAUCGAGUGGAGAUUUCUCCUGAACAGCUUUCUGCAGCCUCCACUGAAGCUGAGAGACAGGCUGAGAUGACUGGGCGUCCUGUACGGGUGGUGGGAUGGUACCACUCUCAUCCUCACAUCACCGUCUGGCCUUCACACGUCGAUGUAAGGACUCAGGCCAUGUACCAAAUGAUGGAUCAGGGUUUUGUCGGACUCAUCUUUUCUUGCUUCAUAGAAGAUAAGAACACAAAGACGGGUCGAGUUCUGUACACAUGCUUUCAGUCGGUUCAGGCCCAGAAAGGCUCAGAGUAUGAGAGAAUUGAGAUUCCGAUCCAUGUGGUUCCUCACGAGGCCAUCGGCAAAGUGUGCCUGGAGUCUGCAGUGGAACUUCCCCGAAUUCUCUGUCAGGAGGAACAGGACACCUACAGGAGGAUUCACAGUUUAACACAUUUGGAUCCAAUCACAAAGAUACACAAUGGAUCAGUAUUCACCAAAAACCUGUGCAGUCAGAUGUCAGCAGUUAGCGGGCCGCUGUUGCAGUGGCUGGAGGACCGACUGGAGCAGAACAAAAAGAGCAUCAUGGAGCUGCAGAAGGAGAAAGAGAGACUGACACAAGAGCUGGAUUCAAUGUGAACAUCAUCACCAUCACCAUCACCAUCAUACCUUACACUAUUCUUGUUGUCAGUGUUUGUAACCACGUAUACACAGGUGGCACAAUUUCUGCUUGUCUUUUUUUCACGUGCCGGAUGUGACAGAAAUGUAAAUAGAGAAAAUAGUAAAACAGAUAAUAAAUAUGUUUAUAUUCAA